AUGGCUGUGAAGAAGAGAAGUCCGGCAAAGAAUUCCUCAAAAAAGGCUGGGAACACAUCUACAAAUAACGAUGGGCUCUCCUCUUUGUCGUCGGAGGUCAAUUCAUCUAAUCAUAAAAAGGGAAUUGAGAAGGAAUCUUUAGAGGCGUUCUUUGCUUCGCCUUUAUAUGAUUUCUUAACUCCCUUUAGACCUGUCGGUAAUCAAUGGUGUGCGAAAUAUGUUAUUGUUAUAUUUGCCUUGAUUAUAAGAUGUGCUGUUGGUCUAGGUGGUUAUUCUGGGUUGCAAACGCCUCCAAUGUUCGGUGAUUUCGAAGCCCAGAGGCAUUGGAUGGAAAUCACACAAUAUUUACCUAUCCGUGAAUGGUAUUGGUAUGAUCUUCAGUAUUGGGGACUUGAUUAUCCUCCUUUCACGGCAUACCAUUCAUACGUGUUGGGAAAAUUGGGAUCUUUCUUCCACAAGGAAUGGUUUGAAUUAGACUCAUCCAGAGGAUACGAAUCUCUGGACUUGAAGUCAUAUAUGAGAUUUACCGUUAUCAUAAGUGAGCUGUUACUGUAUAUUCCUGCUGUUAUCUACUUUACGAAAUGGGUUGGGAGAUACAGAUCACAAUCACCUAUCGGGCAGUACAUUGCUGCUGCUGCGAUCAUAUUCCAACCAGCUUUGAUUUUGAUUGACCACGGCCAUUUCCAAUAUAACUGUGUCAUGUUGGGUAUGACUGUUUAUGCCUUGAAUAACUUUUUGGAUGGCUUCUAUGCUAUGGGGGCUAUAUGUUUUGUUCUCUCCAUAUGCUUCAAACAAAUGGCGUUGUAUUAUUCUCCAAUCAUAUUUGCUUACUUGUUGAGCAAAUCAAUAUAUUCCCCUCGUUUUAAUUUCCCACGGCUCUUUGCAGUGGCAAUAUCCACUAUCCUGGCAUUCAUCGGUUGUUUUGGUCCAAUAUAUGUCUUUGGAGGGUAUAAGAACUUAGUUCAAUCUAUUCACAGAAUCUUCCCUUUCGCAAGAGGUAUUUUUGAGGAUAAAGUUGCAAACUUCUGGUGUGUUUCAAACAUUUUGAUUAAAUAUAAGAACCUCUUCACUCAAAACGAUCUUCAGUUGUACUCGCUCAUUGCUACAGUUGUCGGUUUGUUGCCAUCAUUUAUUAUCACUUUCUUGUACCCCAAAAAGCAUUUACUUCCUUACGCUUUAGCAGCCUGCUCUAUGUCAUUCUUCUUGUUCAGUUUCCAGGUGCACGAAAAGACGAUUUUGUUACCAUUGCUUCCAAUCACUUUGUUGUAUUGCUCGAAUGACUGGAAUGUUCUUUCUCUUGUAUGCUGGAUCAAUAACGUCGCAUUAUUCACACUAUGGCCAUUGCUCAAAAAAGAUGGAUUACAAUUACAGUAUGGAGUGUUGCUUGUAUUCAGUAAUUGGCUAAUUGGUAAUUUCAGUUUUGUUACUCCACGAUUCCUUCCAAAGUUCUUAACUCCAGGACCAUCCAUCAGUAACAUUGAUGAAGACUACAGACGUUCUAUAUUGUUACCUAACAGCAUAUUCUGGAGAAUAAUCAUUGUGUCCUCAUACGUGGCUAUGGGUGUAAUACACAUUUUAGAUCACUUUUUCACGCCACCAGCUAAAUACCCAGACCUUUGGGUAUUAGCUAACUGUAGUUUAGGGUUUGCAAGUUUCAUGGUUUUCUGGAUUUGGAACAACUACAAAUUAUUCUCUAUGAGAAAUAAGACGUUGCAUCAUUUAUAA